GCAGCGGCAAUCAAGAGCACCCAGCAGCACUGCACGCACCACGCAGCAGAAAGAGAGACACCUGGCGGGAGCUUUGGCAGGAAAAAGGAAUCCCCAUCUAUCUCCAUCAUCGCCCUCACGACUUCGACCUCGACCUGCCGAACCACGACACGACACGAAACGACGCGACAACACCCGCCAACGACGCCUCACUCAACGACUACCUCCUCCUCUCGCGACGGGUCGGAUCGUGCCCCGCAGCCAGUUCCUGCAGCCCGCCAUCCAUCCCGGAGCUUGUCCGACACGCUUCCCACCCCAACGCCGCUCGCUCUCGAUGCACCCGCCCAAUUGAACAGGCGCGCCGCGAUGGGCCCGAAUGCUGGCAACGGAGUGGGAGGCAUGGACCUGGGGCCCAUGAUGCAGGGCAACGGCUCCAACCUGCCCCAGGCCACCGAGUACACCCUGCAGGGCGUCAUGCGCUUCCUGCAGACCGAAUGGCACCGCCACGAGCGCGACAGGAACGCCUGGGAGAUUGAGAAGCAGGAGAUGAAGGGCCGCAUCGCCAACCUCGAGGGCCAGGCGCGGAGGGCCGAUGCCACCCAGCGCGCCCUCAAGAAGUACGUCUCGAUUCUCGAGCGCAAGGUCAAGGACCAGGCCGCGCAGCUCAAGGGCACGGCCGCCACCGAUUCCGCCGAAGCUGCGAAGAACGACCGCGCUGCGAAGAUUCAGGAGAAGCUACGAUCUUCCCUGGAGAGCCACCCGAUACCCGGCGUAGACGGCAUCGAUGGCGAAAAGAUCGACCGAGGCGGCGACGAAGAAGGCCAGCGACAGGAUCUCAAGACCUUCCUCGACCAGUGCCAAUCCGAAUUUAUGUAUCUGAUGAUCGCCCCGGCGAACCCCCAACCACCACGCGACUCCCCUCAACUCCCUAUGAUUGAGGAUCUGCGGGAAGUGGAAGCAUAUGGCGUGCCGGCUCCUCAACCUAUGGAGAGGGAGUUUCAGCUCCCUUCGAGGCCGGCACAGAACCACGUUCAGGAAAUGAACUCUAGAGCUCCGCCAAACCACGCCCCGCCGAUGCAGCCCGGUUCCUCUCACUUCCCGCAGAAGACCCAGGAGCUGCAACCUCCCGCCAUAGUGCGGUCCUCGGCCGACCAUCAGCCUGUCUCGUACCAGAACUCAAACGAUUGGCCCACGCCCGUCAACGUCACCUCUCGCCCUAUUGAAGAUAAUAUUCCCCAAGCGAACCAUGCGGCCGAGGUCCUCGGUGGCAUGGAGGAUCCUGUCGAGCUCCGAGAGAAACAUAGUACUGCUCCCGACUCAGACGGCUGGGAAUUCCCCGAAGGCACAUUCCCCGAACCUGGAUCAUCGCACCCUAACCAAACACCAAACCGACCAGACACGGAUGUCUUUCCUACAGCAGAAAAUCCCCCCAAGUCGCCCAGCCGAGGUGGCUCUCACCGAAGAAAGGGGUCCAUGUCGAGACGGCGUAGUGCCGAGCACGAACUAGCGUUGAACGCGGCAAAAGCCGCUGAGAGCGGCAACUUUAAGCUGAGAUUUGGUCUAAGGGGACAUUUGGAUACUGUGCGAACCGUCAUCUUCUCUGGCGGCGGUAGCCCAGGCGAACCCGAGAUCUGCACGGCAGGUGACGACGGCAUGAUCAAGCGAUUCCACAUUCCCCGGUUAGAUGGCCACGCUGGAUCGCUUGCCAAUGCCGCCUCCGAUCUAGACGUUACCGCCAACUUUACACACCGCGGCCAUUCAGGGGCAGUCCUCUGUCUGACCUCGUGGUCUCCCGCACCCAACUUCUCUACCGGCGGCCGCGCGAUAGGCGAUGGCUGGAUAUUUUCCGGUGGCCAGGAUGCGACCAUCCGAGUGUGGGAACGCGGCAGAGUCGAUCCCAAGGCCACACUGGAAGGGCACACGGAUGCCGUCUGGGCCAUCUGCGUCCUUCCUGCGACAUUGGGCUCCGUCUUUGGCAGCUCGAGUCCCUACGGAAGCACGGAUCGAAUCCUUGUCGUGUCGGGUGGAGCUGACGGCUCAGUCCGUCUGUGGUCUGUGAGCGCGCCUCCUCAACUGAGCUCGCCGCAACCUGGAACGAACCGAGCGAUGACUGGCCGUGGAGGACGGGUGCGUGGUAACUCGAUGAGCUCCGGUAGCGGGUUCGCCAGCACACCACAACCCACCAUGGCAUCGAACUCGCCCUUUAGCCACACAUUGGUGCACAACAUUAGUCGACCAGAUAACCCCGAGGCGACUCCGACGUGCAUUACGCCGCUUGGCACCUCGGGAACUUCGUUUGUUGUUUCUUAUUCAGAUGCGGCCAUCAUUGUCUAUGACACGAGGACCGGUGACCGCAUCGGCCACAUGGAAAGCACAGAGACAUAUGACGGGUCGAUCAAGACGAGCGUAAACGCUGUUGUGGCAACGACGCUUGGUCUGGAUCAGGCAAGCCAGCACGGCGGCGGUAUGGGCGAGGAGGAAACCAGCACCGGAGCUACCGGUGGUGGACGAUCGAUGGCUGGCUCGGGAGUCGAAGGGACGAUCAUCUCUGGACACGAAGACCGCUUCGUCCGGUUCUUUGACGCCAACAGCGGCCAAUGUACAUAUAACAUGAUCGCCCAUCCAGACGCCAUCUCGAGUCUGUCUCUCAGCCCCGACGGCCGCGAGCUGGUCAGCGCCGGCCACGACGCAUCCCUUCGAUUCUGGAGCUUGGAGAAGCGCACGUGCACACAGGAGGUGACGAGCCACCGGGUGAUGCGAGGCGAGGGCAUCUGCGCUUGCGUAUGGAGCCAGGACGGGAAGUGGGUGGUAAGCGCAGGAGGCGACGGGGUCGUCAAGGUCUUUGCGCGGUAGCCGGGCCAUGUUUUAUCCCAGGCUCGAGCCGAUGUUGUUUCUUUUGGGGAGCGCGUUGCUGGUGCUGG